AUGGCCGCGACAUCGAACUCCGGCGAAGAUCCGACUCCUUCUUCUACGAAUCGGCCUUUCUCGGUUUCUGAGCCUCCUCCGAACGCACAAUCGCCGCAAAUUCCACCUCACUGGGAUGAGUCCUACUCUCAAAUCACUCAGAAAGUUCAGAAAAGUAGAAAGAAUCAUCGUAUCCAGCUUGGAUCAUCCAUUUCAAACAUGCCUGGAGAAACCAUUGAUAUAGCUAAAGUGAUGGUGAAACAAGAAUCUCCGCAAGACAGUAAACGUGGAAUCAAGUCAAAGGUUGCUAAACAGUUAAAAUCUGGGAAGCGAAUGGCAAACACAGAAGCACACAAUGGUGGCCCAAAUGGAACUAAUAACUGCCGUUAUGAUAGUUCUUUAGGGUUGUUGACAAAGAAGUUCGUCAAUUUGAUCCGAGAAGCUGAGGAUGGAUCACUUGACCUCAACUAUUGUGCAGAUGUUUUGGAGGUACAAAAAAGAAGGAUCUAUGAUAUUACAAAUGUCCUUGAAGGAAUUGGAUUGAUAGAGAAAACUACAAAGAACCAUAUCCGCUGGAAGGGUGCUGACAAUCUUGGACAGAACGGCUUGGGAGAUCAAAUUUCUAGGCUUAAGUCAGAAGUAGAAAGUAUGCAAUCUGAGGAAAGCAGGUUGGAUGAUCUUAUAAGGGAAAGACAAGAAGCUUUAAGAUCCUUGGAGGAAGAUGAAUAUUGUAAAAGGUACAUGUUUAUGACUGAAGAAGAUAUAACAAGCAUCCCACGCUUUCAGAACCAGACACUACUGGCGAUUAAAGCUCCUACGGCUAGUUACAUCGAAGUUCCAGAUCCUGAUGAGGUGAUGACUUUUCCGCAAAGACAAUACCGGAUGUUGAUUAGGAGUAGAAUGGGACCGAUCGAUGUCUAUCUGUUAAGCAAAUACAAAAGAGACAGUGGAGAAACAAGCGAGUCUGAUCAAAACCCACAAAGUGGAGUGGACACUCCUUCCAUGAAAAUAGUAACUUCAGAUACUGAUUUAAAAACAGAUUACUGGUUCGAGUCAGAAGCAGAAGUGAGCCUCACUGAUUUAUGGAACAACAACUUUUCCUGA